AAACGUUGCUGACUCCCUACAAACCCUCGUUCGACUCGGACGGUAGGUUUAGUGGAGGUUUUACACGCUGCCUCCAUGAGGCAGAUGCAUCACUACGCCCGUCGUCCUCUGCACGGUAGGCGCAUUUAAACCUUUCAACCACUUGCAGUGUAUCGUUCUGCGUCCAUAUACCGUAGAAGGCGUUAUACGCUGCUCCCCGUAGCUCCGAGUCUUCAGACGUCCUCAGGCGAAAUGUCAGAACACCCUCCAGCCGUCCCUCCAGCCUCCAGUCCUAUCAAUAUUGUCCUUUUUGGCGAAACUGGCGUAGGGAAGAGUUCGGUUGUUAACCUCAUUGCCGGGCAACCCAUCGCCAAGGUUUCCGCUGACGUUGACGGGUGCACGAUGUCAUCAACCCGAUAUGAUAUCCAAGUCCACUCGCAGUCCUAUACCGUCUAUGACACUGUCGGUCUUGAGGAACCCCAGAUGGGUGUCAACGGCUACUACGAUGCUAUAGAGAAGGCAUACAAACUCAUCAGGUCUCUGGGUGAAACCGGGGGUAUUCACCUUCUUCUCUUCUGCAUGCGCGGUGGCCGGAUAACCGCCACCACGCAGAGCAACUACCGGUUAUUCCACGAGUUUCUCUGCGACAAGAGAGUACCUAUCGCGCUCAUUUUCACCGGCCUUGAGCGGGAGGAAAGGAUGGAAGAUUGGUGGAUCAGAAACCAGACCAAUAUCAAGAGAUAUGGCAUCCAUAGCGUUGGUCACGCGUGCAUAACGGCGGUUCAGGAUCCCGAAGACCAGGAGCAGGUUGCAAAGUACGAUGAGUCUAGGAAGACCCUGUUGUCGCUCUUGCAGAAGUGCACAGCAAAUGGCACAGGGUUGAUAAUGGACACCCCGAGCUGGCUCGUGAUGUUCCUUAGGCGAAUGGCAACUUUUCUGCCACGGAAGCGUGUGCCAAAACAAAAAGAUUACACUCGCGUCCUGACAAAACGUUGUGGUAUGGAACCGGACGCAGCGAAAAGGGUCGCUAGUCUUAUAAAGAGCGGCGAGCGUUAGGUCGGAAGGUUGUGUGAGCUAUGCAUAUGAACAUACGAACUAGCUACUGUUGUACAUGUUUUCCGUGUUAUCUGGUUUAUUGCAAGGCAGUAGUACUGAGUAAUAGAAUCCCUAUUGGA